CAGAGAAUUUUUAUUAAACUUAAAGCCCUUAGUGCGACGACAGCUUCAUUCUUUCAAUCUAAAAAAAAAAAUCAACUGAGAAAACAACUUCCAAAUCCUUUUCCAUAAAACACACAAAUAAGAAGUAAUUCGGUAUGAAUUCCAGCGGCGGAAAUCGUUAUCAGCUGCUCUCGCUCGAGGAAGAGAACCAGGUGAUUCAGCCCAACAAAGAGCUCCACUCGAAGGCCAACAAGGCCCCGCUGGCCGAGCAGCUCCAGAUGCAGUCCCCGAAGCGCCCCAACUCCAAGGUGGAGGGCAAGAUCGCUUACGCCCUCGUCCUCAAGGAGACCAAGAAGGACAACGUUGGUCCCCAGAAGGACGCCUUGGCGGGCGUGAAGAAGAACAUGAUGUUGCAGAAGAAGGACGGCAAUUCGUCUGACAAGUCCGGGACCCCCAGUUCCAAGCCGUACAAGACCAGCUUCUCGCCUUUGCGGGGACGCAGGCUGUUCGGUUCUGGCGCCUUCGCCAAGGCCCCCAACAAUGCUUCUCCCAAGAAAUUGAAUCAGAAGCCCUCCGAAUCCGAAAACGACUUCUGCCUGCCGCCGGAGAUGUCGCCCGAGCGCAAGCCCAGCCUAACCGGAUCCCGCCACCGCUUCAACCUGGACCGAUCCAGCCGGGCUCGCCUCCACGACCGCCAAUCUACUUCCGAACGCACCGGCGUAAAGGCCGUGGACAAGCGCCACGGCGGCGGUUCGCACAACUGGGGCUCCCCCAAGCUGGACAUCCAAGAGCACACUAAGGCCAUCUCCCGUCGCCUGAGCCGUCAGCCGCCGUGGCGCAUGCGCACCAUCUCCAACAGUGACGUGUCCAUCGUCUCGGACGUCACAGAGGAUGAGAGCAUGUACUUUACCUUGGACGAGUGGCGGGCCAUCGAGACAGGCUUGUCCAUGAAGAGUGAUGAGCCGAGUCCCGAAUCGGAGCCCACUCCGACUUGCAGCCCCCCGACGCCCCUGCGCCGCUCAGGCCGCCAGUUGCGCCUCUUCGACAUCAUGCGGCUGAAUGGCAAGAAUAUAGAGAUCUUCAAAUGGCUGCAGGACUCUUGGGACUUCCAUGAGCUACCAUUGCGCGAGGAGCCGAAGAAGAUGCCGCAGGAGCCACCCAAGGUUGACGAUGUGAAACAAUUCCCGAAACUCUCCUAAGGGCGAUCUUUUAUCAAUGGCGUUGUAUUUCCCAAUGUUGAUUAAAUAAUCAUCUUAAUUGCA